GGUUAGAUCUGCUCAACGUGGUUCCUGAUGUUUUUCUGGUGUGUGGAUUAAACUGCGUGGAAAAGUCACAGAAAACAAAAAGUGAGACAUGGGGGAGUUCACGGUUCAUCGGGUCCGGUUCUUCGACCACACGCCGGCUGCGGUCCGGGCUCUGGCCUUCCACGCCGGGUCCGAGCGGCUCGCCCUGGCCCGGGCCGACGGAGCCCUGGAGGUCUUCAACUUCAACGACAACUACUUCCAGGAGAAGGUGAUCCCCGGGCAGGACGGCCGGACGGUGGAGGCUCUGUGCUGGGUGGGCCAGCGUCUGUUCGCUGCUGGUCUGAAUGGAGAGAUCACCGAGUACGACCUGGAGAACCUGAAGCCCAGAUACACCGUGGAGGCCUACGGAGGACCGGUCUGGACCAUCAGCGCCAACAGCCAGGGAACCCUGCUGGCGGCCGGGUGUGAGGACGGGACGGUGAAGAUGUUUGAGAUUCUAGAGAAGAAGAUUCAGUUCCAGAGAAACCUGGACCGGCAGAAAGGACGUAUUGUGUCUCUGUCCUGGAAUCCGACCGGUUCUCAGAUCGCUGCUGGGUUGAUGGACAUGAUCCGAGUCUUUGAUGCUGAAACAGGCCGGGCCACACACAGACUCCUGGUGGACAGAGGUGUGGGGACGUCCAAGAGCCAGGAGGUGGUGGUGUGGAGCGUCCUCUUCCUGUCCGACCACACCAUCAUCAGCGGCGACUCGGCGGGAAAAGUCCAGAUCUGGGACGGACACACGGGGACGCUGGUCAGAACUCACCUGGUGUCCAAGUGGGACGUUCUGGCUCUCGCUGUCUCACAGGAUGAGGACAGUGUGAUCGCCGGGACAUCGGAGGGAACCGUCAUCCAGUUCCAGUUCCUGUCCUCCACCGUGGCUCAGCAGGACAAAGAGUGGGUCCGGACCAGGACCUUCAAAAACCACUCGCAUGACGUUCGGGCGCUGGUCCACACGGAGACGGCCGUGGUGUCUGGAGGUAUGGACACCCAGCUGGUAGUGAGACCCCUGCUGGACAGGGUGGAGAAGAACACCAUGGAGUCAUCACUGCGCAAAAUAGCUUUUCCUCACAGGAGUCUGGUUUGUUGUGCAAAGAAAGCCGGUCUGCUGCUCUUCCAGUUCCCUGAACAUCUAGAGCUGUGGAGAUUAGGAGAGGGAGAAGGACACGGACAAGCUGGUGACAGUCUGCCUGUGAAGAGGAAACCAGAGAAACUGAUCCACCUCAAGCGGAAGGGAGACGAUCAGAUCUGCUGCAGCGCCUUGUCCCCGUGCGGCGGCUGGAUGUCCUACUCCACCGUCUCCAGCGUCCGUCUCUACAGAAUUCAGUUUGACGACAACAACAUCAGCAUCAUCAAGGUGUCCAAAUUACCCAAGAGCCUUUGCUCCGUGCACCGGCUCGGCUUCUCCCCCGACUCCUCCAAACUCUUCGCCUCCUCCAGCCACUCCUCCGUGGUCGUGGUCGCCCUCAACCAGUCGGAGUGCAAACACCUGUCCACCCUCAAACCCAAGUCAGGCUCCAGGCAGCCGGUCCACCUGCUGGUCGCGAGCGAGGACGGGAAGUGGCUCGCCACCGCCAACACGGCCUGUGAGGUCCACGUCUACAACCUGCUCACCAUGAAGCUUCACUGCACGGUUCCAGUCUUCCGCUCGUGUCCCACGGCCAUCGGCAUCAACCCUGUGACCAGCAACCUCGUCAGCGUGCACGCCGACCAGCAGAUCUUUGAGUUCUCCCUGCUGCAGAAGGAAUACACCGAGUGGAGCCGGAAGCUGCAGAAACAAGGACUCCACUCUCUGUGGCUGGAGCGGGACACGCCCGUCACCCACGUCACCUUCAACCCCCGGAACCCGGAUCACAUCCUCCUGCACGACACCUUCAUGUUCUGCAUCAUCGACCAGAGUCUGCCGCUGCCUGAGGCCAAGAGUCCGCUCUACAACCAGAUGAUGCUGAGGAGUCUCCCCGAGGCCGACAGGGUCCGGCACAGCCACGCCUUCAAGAUCAGUAAGAACUUCCAGCAUCUCCUGUGUGUGAGUUUACUGGAGGACCUGUCUCUGGUGGUAGUGGAGCGCCCCCUGCUGGACAUCAUGUCUCAGCUGCCUGCUCCAGUCCGGCAGAAGAAAUUUGCCACAUAAAUGAACUGAAGCAGCUUUUUCUCGGCCAGAAGAAACGUUUGUUACCUUAAAAGCUAAAAUCCAUAAUCAUCUUCAACAAGUUUUAACGUGUGGACACUUUGUAAAAAAAAUGUAAUAAAUAGACAUAAAUACUG